UCAGUUAAAAACAUAUCAAGUUUAAUCCAAAGGAUGCAGUCCAUCAGAGACUUGAAGUCCAACUUCAGUGGACCUCCUCCGGCCCACAUAGCUCCCGGACCUGAUGCCUAUCUCCAGGGCAAUAUCAGGAUGUUUCUGGAGGACACUGAACUGUGGACGACCUUCCAUGAAAUAGGGACAGAGAUGAUCAUCACUAAACCGGGAAGGCGAAUGUUUCCACAUUGCAAAGUGAAUCUAUCCGGGCUUAUUCCAUGUGCCAAGUACGUGUUGUUGGUCGACAUGGUCCCAGAGGAUGGUUUCAGGUAUAAGUGGAAUAAAAAGAAGUGGGAGGUGGCAGGAAAAGCAGAACCUCAGCCACCCUGCAGAACCUACCUCCACCCAGACUCUCCAGCACCAGGGAGUCACUGGAUGAAGCAGUCCGUCUCCUUCCUCAAGCUCAAGCUGACCAACAACACGCUCGACCAGCACGGCCAUAUCAUUUUGCACUCCAUGCAUCGCUACCAUCCGCGCUUCCACAUUGUCCAGGCAGACGACCUGUUCAGUGUGCGCUGGAGUGUUUUCCAGACCUUCACCUUCCCGGAGACUUCCUUCACUGCAGUCACUGCUUACCAGAACACUAAGAUUACAAAGCUGAAGAUCGAUCACAACCCAUUUGCAAAAGGCUUCCGGGAUGAAGGUACUAAUAAGAAAAGACGUGCCAAUAAGGACCCAUCAUGCCUUGAGAAGAGGACCAAGGCAUCAGACAUUUUGAACUCUGAAGAAGACAGUCCACCAGACUUCUGCCAGUCUUCGUAUGAAGGUUUCGACGGAGAGGAUGAAGAGCUGCCCAAAAGAAAAGAAGAGGAUGGUGUCAAAGAGGAGCGCUACUCUCCUUGGGAUGCUGAGAGAGAGCACAGAGUGAGGACUGACUCUCCUGUUGGGGCAGACACAAGAGAUCUCUACAGCACAGAGCAGCUUGUUCCUACUCCAGCUUCCUACCAGUCAUACAGGUUCCAUGAGUAUGGAAAGUCCCCGUCCCCCUCCUCCAGCAUCGGCAGCAGCAACAGUGGAUCCGGACGCAGCAGCUUUGAGUCCAGAGUUCCCGACAUAGCCACGGUCCCUGAUCACGACUCCUCAAAGGCCCGUGAGGUUGGCCCUUCCAGCUGUGGCCCCCAGCACCUCCCGGGCCCCCAGGACUACACAGGGGUGCUCAACAUGUCUGUGGCCCAGGCCAGCAAGCCAGGGGUCAUCGGUCACCACAUCUACAACCCCUACAGCACCGAGCAGCCCCUGGGCCAGUGGGGCGGCCCAGGUCCUUCCCAGUAUCCCCCUCCUCAUCAUCUGACCACUGACUACACCACGCAAGCUGUGCAUCACAGCUAUCACCAUGGCAACGUGGCCGAGUGGAGCCAGUACCCGCUGUUCUCUUAUUCGUGCUGGUGAAGGAAUCUCCACCGUCAACUGAGAGUUACUUUACCGCUGCCAUCUUAACAAAAAGCUGAUCCCGGCACUCACAGCUGUGAGAGCGCAUGACUAUACAAGGCUGAGGGCCCCAACCCUGCAGCCAGAGUGAGAAAAACUGAGAGGAGAGAAUAAGAAAAAGGAGUGGCUCUGUCUGCUGCCCCGACUGGCAGGAUUCAAACCGGCCAUUUAAUGCUGAGUGCAACUCAAGUUUGUGGUUUAAUUGUUUGAAAAAAGAAAAAAAAACUAUUUAUUUUGCAUUU